AUGGCUCUCAACCCUGUAUCUUUUUUCAGAACCUUUGUAGCCCCGUCUUUCUUAGCGAAGCGAAUACCUGCGGAUGAGCUUGACAAAGCCCUAGAUAAGUGGUGCGAACCCCCCCUGGAGAACGACUCCCGCAGGCAAAGAAUAUUAUCAGCAACAGCUUUCAAGAACAUUCGAAACCUGCUAAGCCACUAUGACGACCCCAUCAAACAGAAAGAAUGGGCUCUCAGACCGCGUAUCUUCACCAUUCUUCGAAACAUUCAACGCCUGGACACCAUGCCUGAGUUUAUUGCCUGUAAGUACAUGGAUGAUAUGCUGCCUUUCAAUGAGCAUGAGUUACCGUCAUCACUGGGACACUCCAGGCAUGCUUUUGUGAAUCUACAAGCGUGUUGCCUGACAGAGGCUGCUGAGCUUGAGAAGGGUGACAAGGGAAAGCAUGUUCAAUUCAGCCGUAACGGUGACCUUCAUUUCAUUCAAAUAGCAGAACUUGGAAGUGGUGGCUUUGGGCGUGUCGACAAGGUCUGGUCCAGACUGAGCCAUAGACAGUUUGCGCGGAAGAAGUUCCUCCGCAGCUGGGGUGUACAGCAGACGCAGCAGCGCUACGGCUGGUUCGAAAAGGAAAUUGGGGCGCUGAAGAAACUUUCGCACCGCCACCUAGUCAAGAUCAAGGGAACCUAUACUGAUUUAAAUUGCUUCGCAUUCUUGAUGGAGCCUGUGGCUGAAUACAACCUCGAGCAAUACCUAGGCAAGAUUCAACUGCAGCACAUGGGCAACUUGAGGAACUUCUUUGGGUGCCUUGCAAAUGCUGUGACUUAUCUACAUGAUGUCAAGGUCUAUCAUAUGGACAUCAAAUUGCUCAACAUAUUGGUCAAGGGCAAUCAAGUAUACCUGACAGAUUUUGGGGCCGCUCACGAUUGGUCACAGAAGGAUCGAAGUACUACUUGGGCAACAACGCCGAGGACUGUCCGUUAUAUGCCACCAGAGCAAGCAGCAGACCCGAACGCACCCAAGAACUACUGCAUAGAUAUAUGGUCUCUUGGGGUCGUUUUCCUGGAGAUGGCGACUGUGCUACGAGGCGCAAAGCUCAAGGAUUUGUACGCAUAUUUCACAAGUCAUGGAUCGAGGCAUCCCUACGUUUACGAUAAUCCCGUGGCAACCAACAACUGGCUUGAGAAGCUCAGAAGCAGAGAUGGACCGGACUACGACAAUCUGCCGUUGAUGUGGGUCAAAGACAUGUUGGCACGGGAGCCAAGGAACCGCCCUUAUGCUCGGCAGAUUCGUGGCCAGAUAUUGGCAGCACAUGGAUUCUGUGGGUCAUGUUGUGCUCUGUCAGAGCAAUCGGUGGGACAAUCACCACACAUGGCCAUGGAAGAAGAGACCUCGGACGACGAAAGCGUGGCUGAGUUCGUUGACGCGGACGAAACCCAUCUGGUCAUCGAAGAGGACGAUAACCCGACUCUGGAGCCACAAAGGAAAACAACAAUCCAAUCAUGGAUAGAGCGCACCGAAGCUGCCGGCAUGCAACAAUAUCUCCAGGCAUCUACCAUCGGAGAGCUUCCUUUCGAUGUUGAAGAUGAUGACAGUGGUAGAGGUGGGCAGGAGCUCAGUGCCUUAGAAGAAAACCAGGAUCCAAUUCCUGCACGACUAUCUAAUAUCACUUUUUGGGCAGACUCGAGUGACAAGAUAGGGAGCCAGCAGAAUGUGCUCAACGCUCAGAACGGCGAGCUUGUGUUCGAUGUUGAAUCUGACGACAGUGACUCCCAUAAAUCUGACCACUCGGUGCUAACCGUCAAUGAUGCACAAGAGCGUGAGGCCUUGACCAUUCAACGGCAACUCGAUGUCAUAGAAGAGGAAGGCGACAUUAGUCCUGCUGCUGCAUUCUCUAUCGCAAAGCUUGGGAGUGUCGAAGCGAUACCAGAGAUCGAACCGACAGAUAAUUUUCGAGCCCAUGUGCAGGAUUCAUCGUCGAAGGAAGAGACUUCGGUCGUGGCUCGACAGAGCGAACACGGCACUAGCAACGUGCAGCUACAAGCGGUGUGCGAGUCAGCUGCUGAAGGCCACAAUGACCGCCUUAUUGAUCUUGCAAGAAGUAUCGAACACCCGCAAAGUGACCUGGUUACUGAGGUGGUGGCAAAGGUGGCUGCCGGAUCAAUUGCAAAUACAGCGCCACUAACUAUCAAAAAUCUGAAACAGCUCGAAUCGGGAGACAUCAGGAAAAAGCGUAGUAUGCGGCUCAAGAGCCGGGUCGUUGCUAAGAAGUAUAUGCAACAGGUCUGUGUUAAGGAGACGGAAGCAGCGACGUCUAUCAUGUCACGAAGAACAAGCGCUGAGCUGAAAGGGUUGACCUUAUCGGUCUGGGCAAGUAACUCAGCGCCGAUUCUUGAGAACUAUGUUCGGAAAGGGAAUGUCGCUGCUGUUCGAGCUUUGUUGAAAGCAGGUUGCAAUCCAGGAACCAAGCAAAAUCCAAAGCGAGGUCCACUUAUAGCAGCGGUUGAGGGAGCUAGUUUGCGACACAACAAGUGCGCCGAUGUGCUCCUGAGAGCGGGUGCAAAUGUAAACAUGAAGACACCCCGGACCGGUAGAACGGUCCUGUCUCUUGCCAUUGAACAUCAGUAUUUCCACGGCUAUCGGGGUCUUAUCUGGACGCUCUUAAACUGGGGCGCAGAUCCAAACAUCAAGGACCGCAACGGCGAUUACCCCUUGCUGCAGAUUCUGUAUGGUGGCUAUUCUCCGCUGGAGGAACACCGACGUCAAGCGCUUGCCCUGAUACUUGAUAAAUCACGUUAUCCCACAAACGUCAACGUUGAGCCGCCUGGCACCCUCAACAUGCCCCUGCACCUCGCUGUACGGCGAAAAGAUCCGUGGGCAGUGGGUAUGCUGUUAGAGAAAGGCGCCAUACAUGGUGCUAGGAAUGGCGCCGGACAAACUCCAUUUGCUCUUGCGAUCAGCACUUGGUCGCGAGAGAUGACUAAAGACCACAAGGAAGUUUCGAGGUUGUUGCUUGCACGGGGAGCUGAUCCUAACGAAACCUUCGGUGCAAGCCAGCGUCCAGCACUACAUUCAGCUAUCAAGAACGGCCAUACUGAUCUGGUGGAACUUCUGGUUCGUUACUCGGCUGAUCCAUUUAAGACAAACAACAGAGGGCAAAAUGCUUACAUGCUGUGCAAUACUGAGCUGCGCCAAGGAAGGCUGACACUCAAGCUUACUGACGAAAUUAGGUCCGUACUAGACCUACACAACAACCCUUACUGGAACAGUGACGCCUCGGGCAGCAUAUCAGACUCAACAGAACUUGAACCCCCCGAGUAG